AUGGCCCUUUUUCAUUGGCCUAUACUUCUCCUCGCGCCGGCUCUAGCGCUUUGUAUAUUCUAUGCCAACCCGUUGAAUUAUGGCAGGACAGUACGCAAACGUGCUCAAGUCGCGCCGACGAAGGCGACUAGGACGGCCAUACUUUCCGAACUGCAUGUUUUGGAAUCCGACGAACGUAUUCACCCGGGUGAUUCGGUAAUGAUCUACUACGCCGGCUACGGUGGCUCUUCUACCAGCACGACAGGGCAAGGCAAGACUCGUUUCAUCCUGCCCUAUGACUGCAACGAAAAUGUAGCGCCCAUAUCGGAACAAACCAUCGCAGAAUGUGUAUAUCGCCUGGCUCAGGUCAAGGGGAGCGAUGUAACCGUCGUUUUCGACUGUGGCUGGACAAAACCCUCGAUAUUCUUCCUCCCGAAUAUCAUGCCUGCCCCACAUACACGCUACGCUGACAUUCACGCUUCCUUCAUUCGACAGGGAGAAGACGUUGGUCGCGAGGCUCAUAACCACUUUGCGCCUGGACUCUUCUCUCAGACGACGCAUACCCUACUUGCUGCAUGUGGAGCGGAGGAGUCCGCGUUGGAGAUGGGCGGAAGGGGCGUUUUUACUCGCGCUCUGCUCGAGACGCUCGAAACUGCUGCAGGAGAACAGAUCACAUACGAUGAGGUAUUGAAACGAAUGCCCGUCAUACCAGGGCAGACCCCGCAAUGUUAUGGUGCCCAUCUCCGUCGUUCGAUAUUCCUGGAUUCCACUGGCCCACUCACGUACCCCCUCAAAUAUCAUCAUUCGCUUGUCAUUCGAGGUUCAACCGAAGACAUCGAGGUCGAUGCCACCGCUCUAACAUCUCAUUCCAAUGGUCACAAGCUCGUCCGGGGAGAGCGUCGUAUCUGCAUCUUAAUGGAGAUGGGACAUGACCUCGACAAGGUCUUCAACGGUUUGAAAACGAGAUUUGCCUCUGACGGAAUAGAUACCUCGACAGUCGAUCGUAUCCAGCCGAAUAGCGACCUUCAUAAAGCCAACGCCUAUCUACGCAUAUCAGUUGACGGAGGUUUAGCGGUCUUUGACGAUCUGACGAGCCAUCUACUCGAGGACGCGGCCUCUCCCAAUCGACUUGGCGGUUUCCAACGCCUGCCUUACACCACACAGAACGACUUGCAAUCGAUAUACUCCGUAAUACGCGCAGGCACAAAUUGGUACUACCACCUCAUGCGCCAACCCUCUCAUCGCUCGCUCUCUAACGAUGGGCACGUCACCAUCGACUUCACUGAACUCGAGGUCGUGUACGACGAGAUCGGGGACCCGUCGUAUCUCAUCCCAUCAGGGUCUAAUCUCAAUCGUGCUCUCUCUGGACUGGGCAAUGUCGUCGAUCUUGUAGUUGACGAGAGGAAGCUGUAUGGACAGACGGUGAAGAACUCCUCUGGGGCAUCUUUAUAUCCCUACCUCUUCUGUUUCGACAACAGUGAUUUUAGUAUCAAACCGUAUUAUCUUCCUCCCGUUUCCACCACGAACGGUCGACCCGAAGUUCUCCAUAUCAACGACACACUUCCCAUCGGUUACGGCUCCGAGGCGGCAGUUCCGUGCAGUUAUUACCUCCGGAAGGACCAAGAUAUUGACGUUGCCUAUCUCAAGCUAUUUUUGACAACGGAAUAUGUUGAUAUGUCGGCUCUAGCGCAGGAUUCACCUUUCAGUGGUGUGGGAGAGGGGGUAGGCAAGGGAAAGGUGAAUGUGAAAGAGGGCGUAGCCUGUGAUUGGGACGAGGUGACGGUUAUGCUGAUUCAGAGACGGUUUGGGGAAGAGUAG